AUGGCGAUCUUCAACGAUAUAGCCAGUGCAGCCUGUCGUCGUCCUCUUCCCUUCAUACUUGCUUUGCUUCUCGCUUUACUUUUCUUGCUCUGUGGAUCGCGCCCUGAAAGGUUUUCGCGGGAGAAGACUGGUGCUUGGCGUGGAUAUGACCAUACUGCUGUGGAUGCUUUGCAGCAGCAUGCUGGGCUAAGUAGUGAUAGAUUGGGAUUUGAUGGAAGGUGGAAUUAUACGAGGGAUUAUCGGAAUUUGUUCUUGACGCAGAGACAAUGCGAUUUAGCAUUUCCCGGAUUGUUUGAGGAAGUGGAACGCCCGGUGAAGUUGAGGAGGGAGAAAAAUAUUAUGAGGAAGGAACUUGAUGAUACGCCAAGACUGAAUGGAUUUAUCAGGGCUAUGAUUUAUGAUCAGCAGUUAUACAUAAUCGACACACACGGACAAAUCUACUCGCGCGGCCUAGCUACGCUGCACGCUCUUCACCGCGCGAUGCUCACCUCCCCAGAGCCCCUCCCCAACAUCGAGUUCACGAUGAACGUCGACGAUCGACUCGAAGGGCACCCGCAAUGGCUAUACGCACGCCAAGCACACCACACGGAAACCUGGCUCAUGCCCGAAUACGGCUUCUGGGCCUGGCCGGAGACGAAAAUCGGUAGUUAUGGAGAAGUACAGAUGAAGGCGCUCCGCACCGAUGGCGAUUGGCCCUGGAGUCGCAAAAUCGAUAAAUUAUUGUGGCGCGGCGCGACGAUGAAUCUCAAGGUUCGCGAGAGGUUUGUGGAGGUUACGAGAGGGAAGGAGUGGGCGGAUGUUAAGACGUUGGAUUGGCAUGAUGAGGGGAGUAUGAGGAAUGAUUUGUUGACUAUGCAUGAUCAUUGUCGGUAUAAAUUCUUGGCGCAUACCGAGGGCAAUUCAUAUUCGGCUCGCUUGAAGUAUCUGAGGAAUUGUAGAUCGGUGAUCGUGGCGCAUGAAUUGGAGUGGAUGGAAUUUUUCCAUCCGUUGAUGAAGAAGGAUGGGGAGAAGCAGAAUUAUAUUGAGGUAGAUAGGGAGUUUCAGGGUUUGGAAAGGAAGGUGAGGGAGCUGAUUAGGAUGAAGAAUUCUAGAGACCUAGAAGAUAUUGCAAAUAGGAGUGUGAAAGUUUUUAGAGAAAGAUAUCUUACGCCGGCGGCGGAAGUUUGUUAUUGGAGACGGCUGAUUAGUGGUUGGAAAGAGGUGAUGGGGUUUGAAGUGGAGUUCUUUGAUGUGAAUGUGACGGGUUUGGAUGGGAAUACGAGUAAAUGGAGGGGGGUCCCGGUGGAAUCUUACUUGUUGGAAAGGAGGUUGGAGUGGGAUCCUUAUUAG